CACUCACACACACACGCACACACACACACACACACACGUGUAUUUCCUGGUUCAGGUUUCGGUUUUCACACAGGAAGUUGUUGUCACAGAAACAGCAGAAAUGUCUGAACCGUUUCUGGGUCAGAACCAGAACCUUUUCAGAACCUGCAGAACCAGGUCCACCCUGCCUGUACACAGGAGCAGAACCCCCGAGGCUCUAGCUGGAACGGAUCCUCAUUCAGAACCAGACUUGAUCAAACGUCUGGUUUAACAGCUGACCCAGACGAGUCCGGGGCUGUGGGUCACGGCGCCGCAGCGGUUCAGGGUCGACGCAGCAAAGGCCCCAAACCAGAUCUAACGACCGUUUUAACGUAGAUUAGAACGUAGUCGAAGAAAAGGGGAGUAAAUGUGGACGUUAAAUCUUCCAGGAGAGGAGACGUGUUCAUGUGCAGCUCAGCAGCCUGAUGGCAUCGGAGCAGAGCUGCUCAGGAACCCGCUGGUCCUGCAGAACCUUCUCCCAGAAGGACCAGUCGCUGGUGAUGGAACCGGGGAGGGAGGGGCAGCCCAGUGAUGGUCACCCACACGCAGACAGGUGCGACCGUACCUGAGGACUCGUCUGGGGGUGAAGGUGCAUCAGCAUCAACGCGUUUUCCCACCUGUCUGUGGAACCCGUGGUUCCUCCGAGCCAUCAGACCGGACGGGACCGGGCUAAACCUGGUUGUGACUAAUUCCUGGCUGCUAACUAGGAGCUGAUCCUGUAAAGCCGUUUGCAGCGAUGACCGUUCCGUUCUGGUUCUCUAAUCACAGCUGUCUGUUUCUCAGGAACGUUCAUCAACAGCAGCAGCAACACCACGGUAACCACGGCAACCCCAGGCUCCUGCUACUCCAACGACACCCAGUUUAAGUACAGCGCCUACACCUUCACCUACAUACUGGUGUUCCCGGUGGCGUUCCUCUGCAACAUCGGAGCGCUGGCCGUGUUUCUCAGGCAGAACAAGUUCAGGAGCUGAUGAAACCCUCACAGCUGCAGAUGUCUGACUCCGUCUGUACCCGCCUCCACAGAAACUCCGCCUCCCAAGUGGUGAUGAUUAACCUGGCCAUCUCAGACUGGUGUUUCUCCCUCACCCUCCCGCUGCGACUAGCCUACUACAUCAGAGGCGGGAUCUGGGACUUUCCUGACUGGUUGUGCCGACUCUAUGUGUAUGCCUUCUACGUCAACCUGUACUCCAGCAUUCUCCUCCUCACUCUCCUGAGCUUCCUCCGCUGGCUGGCCGUGGCGUAUCCCAUGAAACAUUCUUCCAUGGCUACGACCAGGCGGAUCGUUUUAGUUUGUCUGGGAAUUUGGGUUUUUGUGGCUGUUACCUCAGUGCCAUUUCUGUUCAACGGUGUCGUGAACAGGGACGAAGUCCCGCGCUGCUUUGAGCCGGGACCCAGACGCUCGUGGUCGAUACUCCUGGGCUUUAACUACGUGGGGUUGGUGUUCGGCUUCCUCGUGCCGUUCUUCACCAUCAUCUUCUGCUACAGCAAACUUAUCCGGCGCCUGACCACCUCCCCCCCUGUAGGCAACAGCAUGACCACCCGCAAACCCACCAGAAACAAGACGCGUGCGGUGCACCUGGUUUCCAUGGUGAUAGCUACCUUCCUGUUGUGCUUUCUGCCCUACCACCUGAUCCGAACACUGCACCUACACGCCAAAAAUGGUGGGUGGAGCUGCAGGACCACACAGCUGCUGGAGAGUGCCGUGGCUGUGACGCUGUGCAUGGCAGCGUGCAACUGCAUGGUCAACCCCCUGCUGUAUUACUACUCUACCACGUCAUUCAGGAAGGACAUGAGGGACGUUCAGUCCUCUCUCAGGUCCAGCAGAGGAGGGUCCCUGAUGCAAAAAUUCAGCCAGUCCCAAAGAAAGCAGAGUGACUGAUGAACCAUCUGGAGUCUAAGAGACAUUUUCUUCACCCAACCUUCCAAUGCACUGGUCUGGAUGCUCUGUCCUCUAGCUGUCUCCUGAUGUCCAAUGGUCCCACGUCUCCUCUCAGAAUGGGAUAGAAGAAUGAGACUGAAGCCACCUUUACAGCUGGGUCCUGAUGGUGGUGUUUCAGGAGGCUCCUCCACCCCAGGAGGGCCUUCUCUUUCUGGGUUAGAACCCUCCCCCCACUCCCUUUGUUCUGAGGUCACACCUCGAUGCACUGAACUCUGAACUUUGUGUUUAAUGUGAAUGAUGUUGAUGUUUAUUUAAAUGUUUGAUGAUGACAUUCAGUAAACAGGGAGUGUACUGAAAUGAAGGUCCCGUCAGGAACAUCCUCUGUUCUUACUGCUGCUUGUUUUUGUUGUUACGUUGUUUUCGUUACCAAAGUAAAUAAACAAGUAAACACAUA